UGUAUCGUUCAUCAAUUCAGAAAUUAAGUUUAUUGGGCUAUGAAAUCAUUUUCACCGUACGCGUUACCAACCCGAUGGCACACGAAGUCUGCACUGUAUCCGUUGCUGUGCCUCUGUGUGCUCCACGCUCCACCCACAAUGAAGAGGACGACCUUAUGGGUGAUAUGGUGACGAGUGAUAACAGCAAAUCAUAUGUAAUAUGUCCGCUAAUGCCUGAUACAAAAUACGAAAGUCGGACAUAAGAGAAAAAUGCAAUAAUUUUCGUUUAUUAUUAAUUCGAUAUCCGUUGCCGUUUUUUUUUCUGCAAAAACCGACGUAUUGGGUUAAUAUCAGUUUAGCCCACCGGGCAAUCGAGGAAAAUGGCUUUGACCAACGUCCAGAAGAUUCUGUUCCGCGCGCCGCAGUCCGCUCGACACAUUACGGGCAAGGCUCUACAAGCGUCCCUGGGACCGAGACCUCAGAAACCCGCACCGUUCCCGUACAAAGAGAAGGAUUACACCAUGUUCAAGAGUUUGUUUGAUAAGACGACAUCGCGUUUCGACGAGAAUAGCAAGCUGAUUGUUCUUGAGGGACCUGUGGGAAUUGGUAAGACGGCUGUUGGAAMUCAGCUUGCUGAUUUAUUGGAUAUGCAUUUUAUGCCAGACAUUACAAUGGACGCGUAUUACAUAAAUGACUAUGGUUACGAUAUGAGAAAACUGGACCCUCAACUGCCAGUCAAUUGUCGUAGUUUUGACGAACGUAAUUUUCUCGAAAACCCAGAACACUUUAAUGCUGCUUCGUUUCAAAUAAUCAAGUACAAGUUGCGCUAUGCUCAUUAUAUUGAUGCCAUUGCUCACUUGUUAAAUACUGGAGAAGGUGUAAUUAUUGAACGCAGUCCUUACAGUGACUUUGUGUUUGUAGAAGCUAUGUAUAAAUGCAAGUAUAUGAGUAAAGCAGCGCGUGAAUUGUACUAUACACUGUACAAGCACGCUAUGCCUGAUUUGCUGCAUCCUCAUUUAGUUAUCUACUUGGAUGCACCAGUACCAAGAUUGUUAGAYCUUGUAAAAGAAAGAAAACUACCUCAUGAAGUCAAUUCUAAGGCAAUGAAUACUAAGUACCUAGAAACUAUGGAUAGCGAAUUUAAAUAUAAAUUUUUAAGGGACAUCAGCAACCGAUCUGAUGUAUUAGUUUAUGAUUGGUCAGAAGGUGGAGAUCCUGAAAUAAUCGUGGAAGAUUUAGAACGUUUAGAUUUGGACAACUAUGAUGAGAAUGAUCCUAAGAUACAGGAUUGGAGUUAUUCAAGAGAACAAUACUGGGCUGAUGUACGAAUGAAAUAUACCAAUGAAAAAGAAGCAUUAAUUUCUAAUUUUAACGUCCCUCUUGUUGAUGCUCCAGAACUUCUUAUACCCGGUGAAGAAGCUGAAAUUCUUACCCGUGCUUGGUUCCAAGUAAGAAUUAUAUUUUUA